AUGGAGACCACGGCCGGGCCGGUCGCUAUGGAGACAGCAGCGCCUUGGCUGCCGGGCGGGCGGCGCCGGGAGCUGCGGAGGCACGCGCUGCUCGUCGUGAUCGGGGAGAUCGGAACGGAGCCGGAGCGAGGGGCGCUGCGCGACGCCCUGGAGCGCGGAAUUCGCUCCUGGAACAUUAACACACUGUCCUGUGAUCUGAAUCAGCAACUGCGACUCUUCGUGACACGACACCUGGCUCAGUUUUCUUCAGAAGUCAAAGGCCAAAGAACCCUCCAUCACCGGAGUGAUACACUGGAGACAGUGAUCCUGGUGAAUCCCGAUGUGGACAGCAUCGUGUCUGAGGUCCGCUCACUGGUGUGUGAUUCAUCAGCCUACAAACUACUGAUCUUCUGUGGUCAGAGCUCAGACCAGGAAGGAGACUUAAUCCUGCAGACAGGGACCUUCACUUACCAGAAGUUUGCUGAGAUACUUUCAGACCCAGAGGUCACCCAGAUUCUUAGCAACACUGAUUCAGAUAUCAAGGCCUCCCUCACCGUGUCGUGCUUGGGAGAAGGAGACUGGAGCAACCUUGGGCAUCCUCGAUUUCAAGAAUUUCUCAAUCUGAAACUGAAUCCUGAUCCAGUUCUGCCAGAAAUGGAUGGGGUGUCUGAGUUUGCAGAAUACGUCUCUGAGACAGUCGAUGUGCCAUCUCCAUUCGAUCUCCUGGAGCCACCCACCUCAGGGGGCUUUUUGAAGCUUUCUAAACCCUGCUGCUACAUAUUCCCUGGGGGCAGAGGUGACUCUGCUCUCUUUGCUGUCAAUGGGUUUAACAUCCUUGUGGAUGGUGGCUCUGACAGGAAAUCUUGCUUCUGGAAGCUGGUGAGGCACCUGGAUAGAAUUGACUCAAUCCUGCUCACCCACAUUGGUGCAGACAACCUCCCUGGCAUCAAUGGGCUGCUGCAGAGGAAAGUUGCUGAGCAAGAGGAGGAACAAUCCCAGGGCUCUACCAACUACAGUGACUGGAUGAAGAACUUAAUUUCUCCUGAGCUAGGGGUGGUUUUUUUUAACGUUCCUGAAAAACUGAAGAUGCCUGAAUCAUCCAUGAAAGUAAAGAGAAGCAUUGAAGAAGCUUGUCUGACACUGCAGUACCUCAACAGACUAGGCAUUAAAUCAGAGCCUCUCUACAGGGUGGUGAGCAGUACCAUUGAGCCUAUUACACUCUUCCACAAAAUGGGAGUGGGCAAGCUGGACAUGUACAUCCUGAACCCUGUCAAGGACAGCAAAGAAAUGCAGUUUCUAAUGCAGAAAUGGGCUGGUAACAGUAAAGCAAAGACUGGCAUCAUUCUUGCGAACGGGAAAGAAGGUGAAAUUUCUGUUCCCUAUCUCACAUCCAUCACAGCCCUAGUGGUGUGGCUUCCUGCAAGCCCAACAGAAAAAAUCGUAAGGGUUUUGUUUCCUGGAAAUGCUCCUCAAAAUAAGAUACUGGAAGGUCUUGAGAAACUCAAGCACCUGGAUUUUCUGAGGUACCCAGUGGCCACUCAGAAAGAUAUCACUUCUGGAAUACCUCCACCUGUGUUGAAGCAGACCAAAAUUAAACAAAGAACUGACAGUAAAGAGAGUCUCAAAUCUUCCCCCAAGCCUUCUGUGACAAAGCAAGCUAAGAAAGAAGAGGCAGUUGAGGAGGGGAGUAAGGAGGUAAAACCAGAAGUCGUAAAGGAUGCAAAAACUGAGAAAAAGGUUAAAGAGCACUCAGAGAAAAUUCCUGAGAAACCCAUUAAACAAGAAAAGAUAAAGACAGAAACAAAUGAUGCUCUCAAAGCUGAGAAAAGAAAAUUGGCAAAAGACAAGGCUGGCAAAAAGCAUCUCAAAGAGAAGGUAUCCAAACUGGAUGAAAAGAAAGACAAAGAAAAGAAAGAGAUUAAGAAGGAGAAAAAGGAGUUUAAAAAAGAUGAUGGAAAGAAAGAAGAAAAAAAAGAUUCAAAGAAAGAGGAUAAGAAGAAAGAAACCAAACCAGAGCCCAAAAAAAUUUCUAAACCAGACUUAAAACCAUUUACCCCGGAAGUAAGAAAAACAUUAUACAAGGCAAAAGUUCCAGGUAGACUCAAAUCUGAGAAGAUCAAAGCCAAACCUGAAAAGGAUGUGCCUGCUGACCUGAAGCCAUCACCGAUGGAGAAGGCACCUGUACAAGCUGAGCCAGGAGAGACUUCCAUAGCUGAACAGAGGUUAGCCCUGUCUUCACCAGAAGACCUUACAAAGGACUUUGAGGAACUGAAGCACGAGGAGAAAGAGGCCUUGCAGGAAACUCAAGAAAUAUCUGACGUUGAGGUUAGUGAUAAGAUUACGAGAGUACCUGAAACAGAGAUAAAAGACUCUACUGAUGUGAUUGCUCAGAUUUGCCUUGAAGAGGAUCUGAUUUUGAAAACAAACAUUCCUGAUCAGGGAGUAACUACUGCUGAUAUGGGAGCAGCUCAUGCUGCAAAAAUAGAGGAUGAAAGAAGAACAAUAGAUGAAAAUCAUGACAUGAGGUAUUGCAAGGGAAAAACUGAGCAGGACAAGGAAGUUCAGCUGUUCCCAGACAAAGAACAGGUACCAUCACAGAUAGAUGACUUAGAAAGGGGUGUUCAGUCAUCAGUCUUCAGAGAGGAAGAAAAGGAGGAAGAGGAGAAAAUCUCUUUGGACAGAAAACAGAGGGAAGCAAAAACAAAGACUUGUGAGAAGCAUAUUGAGGGGACAGAGACACAGGAAGGGGCUGAGAAGGAAAAGCGAGAAGAUGUGAUAGAAAAGGCAGAACUAGAAGAAAAGGAGGAACAGCAUGUGAAGGCAGAGGAGAAGGUGGAAAAGAAUAGAGCCUUCUAUGAGCUGAGUCAGGAGAACAAAGUAUCUACUACUACAGAAAAGGAAAAAGAACUUAGUGGCAUGGGUGAGAAAAACAAGUUACUUGGAAAGGAUGUAACAAAGGAAGAGUCAUACCUGAGCAGUCUGCCCAUCCCACCAGGAGCAACAGCAGAACACGUUUCGUAUAUCCAGGAUGAAACUAUCCCAGGCUACUCAGAAACAGAGCAGACCAUUUCUGAUGAAGAAAUACAUGAUGAACAGGAAGAGAGGAUCCCACACCUGAAGUAUGAUGUCAGUGCCUAUGACAUUUCUGUUCCUGACCGCCCAGGCUCUUUUGAAGCAGUACAUGGAAUACAGGCUGUGCCUGCUGCUGACCUUUCAGCCAAGGGCUAUGCUGGUCAGGAGUCUGAAAUUCUAGCAUAUCCUACAAACAUUGUGGCAGCACCUCUAGCUGAAGAGGAACAUAUAUCUUCUGCUACCUCCAUUACAGAAUGUGAUAAACUUUCAUCUUUUGCAACUUCAGUAGCAGAAGAUCAAUCUGUUGCAUCUAUAACAGCACCACAAACAGAAGAGACUGGGAAAAGCUCCUUACUUCUAGACACAGUGAACAGCAUUCCCUCCUCUCGGACAGAAGCAACCCAAGGUCUUGACUAUGUUCCCUCUGCUGGCACAAUUUCUCCCACAUCAUCCUUGGAGGAAGACAAAUAUUUUAAAUCUCCACCUCCUGAAGAUUUCCAUGCAUUAGCAGAAGGAGAGAGAAAACUGGAAGCUCAAAAAAAGGAUCUUCAUGAAGAGGCAGAAGAGGAAGAGGAAGAAGAAGAUGGAACUCCAAAUAUCGAAAUGCCUAAAAAACUCAGAGGGCAUUAUGAUGUUCCUGUGCUUGCCCAUCAAGGAUGUCCUGAUAACGUGUUAAUCAGCGUUCCCACUGAAGUGAUCCAAACGUCUGGCCUGUCGUUAUCUGCUGAGGAAACGCCAUUUUCCCAAGCUGACUCAGCAGAGGCUGAAGAACGAUGCAUGAGUCCUGACGACAGCACAGUCAAAAUGGCCUCUCCCACCCCAUCUGGCCCCACUAGUGCAGGACACACACCUUUCCACCAGUCUCCAGUGGAGGAAAAACUGGAAACAGUAGAUUCAGAUCUAUUUGAAAAACAAACAGAUGCUACUGCCAAGAAAUUAGAAGGCCAAACUUCUGCUGUGGUGAAGGCAGCCAAGAGUGAACCUCUCAGAGAAGACGACGUAUCUGCACCUCCAUACAGACAUGAAAAAGAUGUCCCUGGACCUGUACAGCACAAACAAGACUUGGGUAGUGACACUCCAGCGUCUCCUGGGGACCAGGUGCAAGAAGAACCAGUGGAGAAGGAGGAGUUGCCCUGGCUGUCCUACCACAAACAGGACACAGUGGUGAUAGGGGAGGAGGAGGAGGAGCGUCCUGUGCCACCCCAUCCUAGCACAGACGUGUUUCUGGAGACAGCAAAAGAGCAAGGAACUGAAACAAUGACAGAAAAUUUCAUGGGAUUUUCCAAACACUUGUCCUUUGAGCCAUUCUCUACCACAGAAACAUCUCUAGGAAAUGUGGGUGCUCCACAGUUCACAAGCCAAAGCAAAUCUGAAAGUGACAAAUCUUCACCAGAUGACUCCAAAUCACUUUCUUUUACAGAAGAAAAUAUUAGCAAAGCAAAAUCCUCAGAUAUUUUGAAGGGAGUGACUAUUGAAGAAGGAAAAUCACCGUGUUUCACAGAAGACAUCUCAGAAGAAGAAAAAUCAUCUCAUGUUUCCAUUAAAGACAUUUCUCCAGAAGAAACCAAAUCCAUUUCUCUCACCGAGAGUCCCAGCAAGGAAAUCUCUUCAGACCCUUUUGUUAAAGGAAUUUCUCCGGAAGACAUUAAAUCUCUUAGUUUCACAGAAGAGAUACCUGCAAAAGAAAAAACUUUGUCUGGCUUUACUGACAAAUUCCCUUCAGAAGCUGUGAAGUCCAUGGAUUUCACAGAGAAGAGCCCAGCUACAUGUGAGAAAUCACUGAAAAUUUCUGCCAAAGAAUUCACGAAAGAAGUCUCAAAAUCUUUCCCUUGCCUAGAAAGCAGCUCGGUUAAAGACACAUCACCCAGAGAUACUUCGACUGAAGAAACGUCUCCAGAUGACAGCAGUUUAUUUUCUGCAGGAGAAAAGGGCUCUUUAAGGGAGAGAACUGCAGGCUUGGACUCUCAGGAAGUAUCUCCAGAUGCGAAAGGCUUACACUUUACAGACUCUAGCCCAACUGAGGAUAAAAUAUCUUCAUAUGUUUCUGCUGAAGAUGUAAAAUCUUGCAGGUUCAAGGAUGGUCAAGAAGAAAAAUAUCCAGAAAAGGAUGACUUCUACAUGAAAGAUUUAAGUUAUGAGAAGAAAGUGUGGUUUCCAGAAGAGGUGGAGGAGAUCCCUGCUCAGGGAAGGCGGCAGAGAUAUGAUAAAGAGAGAGAGAGCACGUUCUUGGAUGAGGUACCAGAAUAUGAAACAAAAUCCCUUCCUAAGAUGGGAGAGGAGGAGAUCCUGUCUCCUGCAGUGCCUGGCAGUCAUACCUGGAGAAGAGAAGAAAGUGAAAUGUGGGGCUCUCUUCAGGAAGGAAGAGAGACUGGAAGAGUAGGGAGGUUACCCAGUGAGAAGGAUGACGGUCUCAGUCAUGAUGGAGGCAAACCUGUGCUGCUACAAGCAGAGGCAGAAUGUUUAAAGAUGAAAUCAUGUGACUAUGAAGAGAAGACACAGAAGAGUGCCAAACCUACAUCAGAAACAAAGGAAGUGGAAAUUACUCUCUCAGAAAGAACACAAAUGGAAAGUUCUCUUCUAUCUUGUCAGUAUGUCUCUGGUGAGGAAAGUCAGGCCAAAGCAUUAACUGGAAGCAAGGAUAGGCAAGAGCUGUCACUGACACCUAAACAAGAUUACUCCUAUUUGGAUGAUGAUGAGAAAGCUGCCCUAGAUAUCUAUGCAAAGUCUCUAGACCAAGCACUGACAGCAUCUCCAGUGUCUGUAAUGGCUGCUGCUCUGGAAAGGGAGAUUGACACAACACCAGAAACAGAAAGGCCUUACAAGUUAGACCAGUACUCUCCUCCUUUGUGGGAGACAGUCCCAUCCAAGGACACAGAGAAGAAAUCAGACACCAGAGCUUUGUAUCAGGACUAUAAAUACAAAUCAGACAGAAAACAAGAGGAUGACUGCAAACUCAGUGACAGUCUUUAUGGCUCUGCAGGAAGAAAAGAGCAGAUGGCAGCAGCAUCUACUCUGUUGCAAUCUACCAGAGCAGCAGAAUAUGACCACAUAGCAUCAUCCCCGGGAGAAAGUGCUGUGGUGCCAGGGCAGCAUGAACGCUCCCCUCUAGGACAAGGCCCUUGUCCAAAGAGCAGUGCUGCUAUGGGCCAUGCUGAGGCUGUGGGUUCUGCCAGCCAAGUGGCCUCUUCUCCAGAGGCCUAUUCCAGGAGCAGCCCUGAGCCUUAUUCCUAUGAGGAAUACAGAGGUGAUGACAGUUCCACAAGACAAGAGCAAGAAGAAAGAGAACCAACUCCCUACCCUGAUGAAAGAAGUUUCAAGUAUGCAGACAUCUAUGAGAAGAUGAUUGUGUCUGGAGGUGGACCUUCUCCCUUCACACCCAAGGGUACAGACAGCCCAGGCCACACUGACAAGGUGUCAGCAACAUCACUGAUCUCUCCAAAAGGUCAAGGUUUUCAUGUCUCUGCAAAGGAAGAAGAGUCCUGCCUUUAUACCUCUGGUGAGAAGGAGUUGUCAUCUCCAGCAUCUCCUAAAGAUAAAACAGAUUCAGCCUUUGACUAUACAGACAUCCAUGAAAAAUACUCGCCCUUGUCUGAAAGGGAUAAGUGUAGGAUAUCUGAAGGGCAGGAAAAGCAGAAGGUGCCUUCUGCUUUGUCAGCAGAACUGGGCUCUGAGCUGCACCCAUCAUCCGCAGGCACAGCAUUUGCUUCUCCCUCAGCUGUGACAGACAUAUUUUAUCAGGAAAAGAGAUGUCCAGAUGAGAACAUCAUUUUGUCUGGCCAGGAGCACGUAUCUCUGUCCCUGAAAUCAGAAAGCCCAAGUCCCAAAGACAGGUACUAUGAGAAAGGGGGGCGUGGAGAGGAGAGCACAAGUGACUCGGAGCUAGAAAAAGGUGCUAAGGAGAAGUCUGAGAAGGAGUCCAAGCUGCAGAGCCCUGCUGAAGCUGCAGGCACAGCCUAUGCACACAUCUCCCCAGUGGACAAGUUUAAUGUACCAGAGCCCCCUUUGCAAGCCACCCGUCAGGAGUCCACAUCCCCCAGUUCUACUGCCUCAUCACCCUCUGAUCCAGGGUGGAAAGAGGAAUAUGGAAGUCAGAAAACUGCAUCAACCACUGCCAUGGGGAUGUAUGUUGGAGGUUACAGUGACCUGCCUGAUGCAGGCAGAGAUGAGCAGGCUUCUGAAAUGUCCUACUUAAGACAAAGUUCUUCACAGAAGAGAGAGGUCACUGGAAAAUCCAUGAAGGACUCGAAUUUCUGUGUCACAGAUUAUCCAGGUGCCAUGGUGGAAUCAGGGUUCCAAGAGCAAACCGCAUACUUGAAAUCUGGAGAGCAGACAGAGACAUGCAAAAAGGGUGGAGCAGGAGAGGGCAGCCUGAUGGAGAGCUCCUCUAGGUUGGAGUGCUCCCUGCUAGGAAAGAGUGAAACAUCUGACACAUUCAGACAUGAGCAAACCUCAGCAAGCCGCCUGGGGGAUGUCUCUCUCCCUCUCAAGGCUCCUUGUGCUUUGUUCUCAGACCAGGGGAAGAAGGAUGAGUACUUGGAGGUGUCUGAGAAAAUCAGCAGCCUUGGCUCAUCUUUUACUAAAUUUGCACCACUUAGUCCCUAUGAAGAAGAUAAGUUAUUCUCCAAAGCUGUGGAAAAAGAGUCUGUGGCUCAGCAGCAGCUGAAAGAUGACUCCAGCCUGUCAGAAGAACCUUCAUCUGAAGCUACCACUCCUGUGAUACAGACCACAGCAGAAAGUUUCUACUCCCAGAUGUUUUCCACACACACAGGUGCAGGAGCAGAACAAGGUACCAGAAGUCUUUGGGAUGUGUCUCCACAGAUUCCAAAUAAUGCUGGGAAAACACAUGCAGCUGAAACCAAAGACUUUGUGUUUGCUGAAGAACAUGGUUCUCUGUUCACAAGGGGCAUGGGCGACAGCAUUUCUCCAUGCAGAAAGGAGUCCCCAAGUUCACAGCCCACACUUCUCUCUACAGAGAAGCAGCAGCAGCCCAGUGUGAGCAGUCCAGAGCAGAAGGCACCAUUUGCAGAACAGCUGAUGACACUGACAUCUCUGCCUGAUGUGUUGACAUCAUUUCCUCAUCAUCAGCAUGAAGAUGAAACCACAGCCAAUGGUCCAACAGAGGUGAGCACCAGCCUGCAAGCUUUCCAGAGUACAUACCAUGCAUCAGAGGCAAAAGAUGAAAAACCAUGUCCUGAUUCUGACAGCAGUUUUUCUCCAUGCACAGGCAAAGAGGGCACAGAGAGGCAGAGCCGUCCUUCCUCUCUGAUGUCCCCUGAUCACAGUUUCCAGCCCUUUUUCCCAGGUGUGCAGAGGGGUGGGAAAACAGAAGACCAUGGAGAUGCUUCCCAUGAGAUGGAGCCACAUUUAGGUGGUAGUUUUGAUUGUGGACAGAAAUUUCCCUCAUGUGAAUACAAGCAGAGGAAGGGAGAGCUCUCUCCUUCAUUCAUCAACCCCAGCCCCCAUGAGCUCUCUGAAGAUAGUGACCUCUCACAGGAGGAUGGUCAUCCUUCAGUGCAAGGAAGACCACCCCACGCUGGUAGUAGCCCCAUGCAAAGUGCCACAGUGGAAGAAACCCCUCCAACAUCAGUGAGUGAUUCUGGAACCUCCCAGUCAGACUCAGAUGUCCCACCCGAGACAGAAGAAUGCCCAUCCAUCACAGCAGAUGCCAACAUGGACUCGGAUGAAGAUGCUGAUUUCCUCCCAGUGGACAAAGCUGUUGGGAAUGCUCAUCAUUCCAGUUCUAGGUCCAGCCAUGAUCCUCAGCCUAUUCCAAUGGUAGAUCCCCAUCCCCAUCUUCCUCACCCUGAUGUCUGCAUGGUAGACCCUGAUAUGUUGGUGAAUGAGCAAAACAUGAGCAGAACUGAUAAAAUUUCCAAGAAAGACAUAAAAGACAAGAACAAAGGUGUGAGGAAGCCUUUGAGCAAACCCAAAUCUUCCUCGCCUUCCCGGAAAUUGGACGCAAAAGGGAAGCGAUCACCCACCCCUGUGAAACAGCCAUUGGACAAAUCUCCAAAAUCUGCCACUGCCAAAAAAGAUGGAGGGGAGAAGCCCAAACCACGCAGUGCACUGGCACAGCCUCCUCACACAGAAGAUGAGUUAUCCCGGAGUAGUCACAGCAACCCUGGCAAGAGCCUUGUUAAUGGCAUCAAAGCAAGCCCUGCUUCCAAUAGUCCCAAGAGCAGUUUGCCUGUGCCCAUGGGCCCACCUGUCUAUGUGGACUUGGCAUACAUCCCCAACCACUGCAGUGGGAAGAACACAGAUCUGGAGUUCUUCAAGAGGGUUCGAGCAUCAUAUUAUGUUGUGAGUGGGAAUGAUGCAGCCAAUGGAGAACCAAGCCGUGCAGUGUUGGAUGCACUCCUGGAAGGGAAGUCUCAGUGGGGGGACAACCUGCAGGUGACUUUGAUCCCAACACAUGAUACGGAGGUGACACGAGAAUGGUACCAACAGACCCAUGAGAAACAGCAGGAGCUAAACAUCAUGGUACUGGCAAGCAGCAGCACUGUAGUGAUGCAGGAUGAAUCUUUUCCAGCCUGUAAGAUCGAAUUCUAA